CCGGCUUGGUAUGUGGAGUCGGGCUACAUCUAAUGGGUUCCGUGUGGACUCUAGCCCUCCUGAUGUAGUGGAUGCACCCGCUGUGGAUGUGACUCAGGGGAUGGCUGUCAGAAACACUCAAGUUCUGCGGGAUCUGAUUCACUUUUCCUGGAAGUUCAGUGACCCUGAAAGUGGUAUUAAAGACCAGUACGUAUCAGUCAGCACACAUCACAAUGGAGAUGUGAAUAUUCCAUCAAUAAAGAUUGCAGGGAGUGAGUUGGACUACACCUUCACCAAUCUGACAUUACAUGAAGGCAGUCGUUACAUCGUUACCGUAGUGGCUUGUAACUUUGCUGGUCUCUGCACUCAGGCCAAUACGGAAUCCUUUUUGGUUGAUGGCAGCCCACCUUCUGUUGUGACUUUUGCCAUUGGCACAGAGAGUGCUGCUAACUUGCAGCGUCAUCACAUCAUCUGGAUUGAUCCAACUGAACCGGCUGAAACUCCUGAUGGAACAGACUACGCCACCGACUCAAUCAGCUCUACCACGGAGAGUCCACCGACCACCCCAUCUCCUCCACGCCACCACUCUGGCUGGAUGACGUGGCUUGAAGACCCCCGUACAUCCCUGGUUCCUUAGCCCUUGCCUGGCUGGGAU